UGGAUCUAGGAGCACCGGCAGGAGAAGGGCGCAGAGGCAGGACGGGAUGCUGGCGCGGAGGACUGCGACCGUGUGCGCGGUGCUGAUGCUGGUGAUGCAGGGCUCAUCGGCCGCUGAAGCUGACCAAGGCCGACAGGAGUCAAUGAGGCUGGUGAUGCCCUGGGAGCAGACAGUGCCCUCCAACCUCUCAGGCGCACUGGGGACAGCAGACAAACCUGUGAUGGAUGAAGCAGAUGCUGAGCUCAAAGUGUUCUCUGAGGCCAAAACAGCCGUGUGGACUGAGACUGAGGAAGAGGUGCGCACAAGGGCUGAUGGGAAAGUCAUUGCAGAGUCUGGGACAUUGACUGGAGCUAGGAGCUGGACCGAAGUGGGAGCUGAGUGGAGACCUGUGGAUGCAGGCUUGUCUCAGGGCUCGGCUGCAUGGCGUUCCACACAUGGACAGGGUUUGAGAGAAAAGGCAUCGUUUUCGUCAGUGAUCAGCAUGUUGGCAGGCACAGCUGAGCUGCAGCCCCCAGUGGAGGCCAAACCGCUGGGGCUGCUAUCAAAAGCAUCUUGGACCAAAAGUUCCUCUUCAUCCUCAUCCAGGUCAUCCUCUUCCUCCUCCACAACUACAACAAAAGCCCCCACCACCUCUCCUCCAGUCACCAGCACAAGCACAGCCAGUACAACACAGACCAUCCCUCCAGAGAGUGCCAACAACUCCUCUCAGAGCAACAGCAGCUUCACUUUGGAUGAUUCAGUGGGCAGCCUGCCAGCCUGGGAUCUCCCCACUGUCCCAGAGUCACUUCUGUCCACAGUGGGCGACCAUGACCUCACCCUGCCUGCAAACGUCACCAGCCCAUUCUCCACAUACCAAUGGAACACCACAGCACCGGCAAAACCAAAAACCACCUCCACAGACUCUCAGACUACCACCAUUACUACUACUAUCACACCAAAUGUCUCUCUGACAACUAUAACUACAGCAACGCAGGCUUUAACUACAACACCUACAUCAACAACUGUAUCCACUAUUGCUACUUCACCUGCCACUGACGCUGUGACGAGUGAUGGGCUGCUUUUAACAACGGUAACCAUGACAACGCCCUCGACCAGCACUACAGCUGUGGCAGAUUUUGAGAAAGCUACAAAUAUUACCUCAAGCUCUGUUGAUGCAACCACAACUGCAACUGAAGCACCAAUCACUACUCUCAACUUAACCACUACUACACAACCUACCACCACCAUGGCCACAACAACCACACCGGUCCCUACUACUACUACUACUACUACUACUACUACUACUACUACUACUACCCCUGACCCAGCAACUACUACCACAACUACUAUAGCUACAACUACUACUACCACUACAGCAGCAACUACAGCAACAACCACUGAGCCACCUACAACUACCACAACCACUACUACAACUACUACUGAUACUAUUACCACUACCACACCAUCUACUACUACAACACAGGCUCCUACCACUACUCUCUUUAUUCAAACUACUCCUCCUCCAACUACGACCACAGAACCACCAUCCAGCACUAGCAUUGAAGAAAGCGUUCUGCCAUGCAACAUCACUGAGAAGUACUACGUCAAAACAGUUUUGUCACUUGAGCUGCGCAAAAAUCGCCUGGACCUAAUCCUGAAGCAGAAUUUGUCUAAAGGACUGAGCCAUGCCCUUCAGAGGGCCCUCAAUGACUCUUCAGCAUACGCACAGGUGGAGCGCGAUGACUGUGGCCCCCAUAAUGUGACCUUGGUUUACUAUGUGACCAGUGGUAAAACUGUCUACAUCGCUUCUGUGGUGGUUGAGGCUCUGAAUGUCUAUGGAUUUGACAAGUUGUUGUCAGAAAUACGGCAGCACACUCCACUGGUCAAGGCUGUGCUGGUCCCUGUGGCAGCAUUGAUGCCUAAUCCCAGCAUCCAUCUGCAGCUCAAAACAGUUUUGAGGUUUGUCGGCCCAACAGACCACAUUUACUCCUGCAGUUUUGUCCAAACACUCGAGCAAAGGCUGGAAAAUGCAUUCGAUGAGGCCCAAGACAAAGUGCUGGAGACGUACGACAGGCUCAGUGUGGAGAUCCUCAGCGUUCACCAGGAUCCCGGCUCUCCCUCGGUCUCUCUCAUCUACCUUGUGAAAAACCAAGGGGUCAUUCUCAAUGGGACCAUCUCAAGUGGGCUCCUGAACCAGCUGACUGCGGAGCUGGUGGGAUACUUCCUCUUCUACCCGCCCCUCAUCAUUGCAGAGCCCCUUGAAUACCAUAAUCUCAACACAUCGACCGCAACCAAGAACUAUUGGGUCAUAACAGUGAUCCAGGAUGUAGACAGCUCCUCCCUGGAGGCUAACUACCAGAGCUUUGCUAGUCUCAUGGAGCAGAGGCUGGCUGAGCUCUUCCUGGUGGCAGGAAGACAAGGCUCCCAGACCACUCGCUCCCGCCGUGCCACUACUGUUGGGAGCUACACUGUGCAGAUGGUUAGCAUUCGUCGUUUGCCUGGCCCUAAAAAUCCAGCUGAAAUGACCUACUACACCCAGCACAAUGGAGCACCCAUCACCGGGACUACUGCAGCCAAGACCCUGAGCAGCCUGGACUCCCAAACCAUGGCUCUGACCUUGGGAUAUUUUGUACAAGUCCAGGCUGAACCUGUAGUAAAGACCCCACCCAGUGACCUCUGGAUUAUGGCUGUCCUCACCCCUCUCUUCUUGUUGAUGGUGGUUAUCGGGAUGGUGGCCUACAUUAUCUGUAAAAGGAACAGAGUCAUAUUUAAAACAGGCCCAUUCAGAAACUUCAAGUCCCGCUCCAAGACGUCAUAUCGCAGAGAGGGCAGUUACCACCACCAGCCUGUCCAGGGAUUUGACUAUGCUAAAAAGCACUUGGGUCGUACAGAUGAUGCUGUUUCGGUGACCAAAGAGACGCUUGUGCUGGGUCUCCCUGUGAGGGAUGCUCCACUGUCUAUGUCUCUGGACAAGAAGGUGCUCCAGGAUGGGACAGGCAGCAAAAGACCCCCGUCAACAGACAUCAAAGGAGGUCGGUUGCCAAGCGAAGAGGACGGCUCUGUCUCGAGUAAUGGCUCCGGGAAACUGAACACCAGCAAGAGCUCCUCAGCCCGCAGAACCACCAACGGCAGCAUCAGCAAGAGCGCCAAGGAGGAGCUGCACAAGAGGAGCGACCCUUAUGAGGACCACUCCAGCUCUCUUCGUCUCAUCACUAUCAAACCCAUGACAGCUCACCCCACUUACUCUUACCCCACAUCAUCGUCCCACAGCCAGGACUCUGUCAUACCAAACGGAGAUGCAAACAACAGUGGACUGAAGCCGAAGCCUGAUAUUGAGCACUACAGAAACAAGCUGCGGCAGAAGCCCAGGAGAAAAGGCUACGGGGAGUUCUCUCUGUCUGAGAGCGGCAGCCACGGCUACAGCCGCCGCCAGUACAGCUGCAAUGGACUGAAGGAGCCCAUGACAGCCGAGGAGAAGAGGGCCUCAUUUGCCGGCUGCCACAAGAGGUACUCUCACCCGCGGGAGCCCACUUAUUGGAGCAGGCAGUCCCUGAGCAGCCCUAGCCCUGUGGAGACAGAGAUGGACCUGCUCGUGCUCAGAGAGAGGUCCAGGAGGGGCAUACGCAAUAACGGCUACGAUGGGGAGCCAGAGCCAUUUGAGGAGACAAACGUGGACCGCCUGAUGAGUUCUCUGGGCUUCGGUGGGGGCUCCACAGGCACAGGAACUGGCGGCAGCCUGGGAGUCAAAGCUCACCGCGGCUCAGACUCCUCCACACUCAGCUCUCAGCCAUCCAUUGACGAGGUCCGCACACAGAUGCAUAUGUUGCUUGGCAACGCCUUCAGCCUGGCACCUCCGGACCACGACCCACCAUCUCCUCCAACUAACCAUCAUCGCCAUGCCCACAGCGCCUACAACCCAUCCCACGUGAGCCACUACAGUGAUGGGGUGACCAGUGCUCCUGGUACCAUGAACCACCCAUGUGGAGGCCGACAGAGGAGUGUACCCUAUGAGGAUAUGCACCAGUGCAGCCUCCCAAAGCCGGGUUUUCGGUUCACCCAGCUGCCUGAUAUGGGCAUAGGAUCUCCACCUCCUCCCCUGGUCCCUUCAAGACCGCCACCUGGGACUUCAACACGACGUUCCACUCCUGACAUGAGCCUCAAGCCCCGUGUGACUGAGGCCUCUGAGCUGCAGGCUCAACAACACAAUGGCGCCCCCUACCUGCCAUUGUCCAGAACCCCAUUCCCUGCUGUCACUGUUGAUCAGUCUAUCAGUACAUACUCAGGUACAGCUACAGGAAACCCAAUCACAGCAGUGUAUGCUAUAUCAGCCAAUCGGCCUGGAUGCCUAGACUACUUUGUCAUGUCCCCACCAUCAUCAUACCGUAGCCCCUCAUGGAUGUCCUACCCCCCUGAACCAGAGGACCUUCCCCGUCAGUGGAGCGAUGCUCCUCAGAACUCACGACACCUGGAGACCAUUUGCUGAAGUGUCGCAGCCCUGACACUGAGUGCAAGCAGCAA